AUGCCUCCUCCCUCUCAAUCCAUCGUGAACAUGGCUGCGAUUGUUAAUCUUUCAUUUUAUAGGUACGAUCACAUGAACAACUCGAUUUACAACUUCCUGUACGACUCUGUAGUCAAUACCUACCUGAUUGAAGAAUGUGGUCAAGAUCCGAGGACGUCCUCGCAAUACGGGCUUGUCGUUCACUCUCAUGCAGACUUUUUUGGAUCAAUAGCCUUUCCCGCCAUCGCAGAACUCGCUCUUAGUGUGAAGAAGCUUGGUAAGACAAGUGUCACAUACGAGAUUGCCCUCUUUGAGCGCGGAGUUGAGGAAGUGAAGUCGGUGGGAGAGCUUGUUCAUGUCUUUGUCGAUCGAGAGAGUGGAAGACCGGCGGCGAGUGGAAUGAACUCCAUCCUCAAGGAAGGGCUGCAAAAACUUCUGGUAAUAGAAUCGAAGCUAUAG